AUUCACAUUUACCAGGUGUGUACGUUAGAGAAGGCAGGAAAACUCGCUGAUAUGAUAAAAACGAUAGGAGAAAACAAGCAACAGCUUAGAAUUGCUAAAGAACUGGGGGAUAGGGCUGAAGAAGGAGCUGUUUAUUGCAAUCUUGGCAAUGCUUACAAGAGUCUGGGUGAUACUAAACAAGCCAUUGAGUACCACAACCAACAUCUUAGGAUUGCCAAAGAGCUGGGAGACAGGACUGGAGAGGGAGCAGCAUAUGGUAAUCUCGGCUAUGAUUACAAGAAUCUGGGUGAUCUUAAACAAGCCAUUGACUACCACAGCCUACAUCUUGGCAUUGCCAAAGAACUGGGACAAAGACAUGGAAAACUGGCUGCUUAUCGCAAUCUUGGCAAUGCUUACGAGAGUCUGGGUGAUUUUAAACAAGCCAUUGAGUACCACAACCAUCAUCUUAGUGUUGCAAUGGAACUGGGGGAUUUGGCUGAAGAGGGAGCUGCUUAUGGCAAUCUUGGCAGUGCCUACCAGAAGCUGAGUGAUUUCAAACGAGCCACUAAGUACCACAAUCAACAUCUUAGCAUUGCCAAAGACCUAGGAGACAGGGCUGAGGAGGGAGCUGCCUACUGCAAUUUAGGCAAUGCAUACCAUCGUCUGGGUGAUUUUCAACGAGCCAUGCAGUCUCAUAAGCAACAUCUUAGCCUUGCUACAGAACUGGGGGACACGACUGGAGAAGGCGUUGCUUAUGGCAAUCGUGGUAUUGUUUAUCAAAGUCUGGGUGAUUUUAGACAAGCCAUUGAUUAUCACGAGACAGAUCUUAACAUUUGCAAAGAAGUAGAAGACAGGCCUCGAGAGAGAGCUGCUUAUGCUAAUCUUGGUAAUGCUUACCAGGGUCUAGCAGAUUUUAAACAAGCCAUUGAGUACCACAGUCAGGAUCUUAACAUUACCAAAGAACUGGGACGGAGUGAUACAGAAGGACGUGCUUAUUGUAAUAUUGGUAAUGCCCACCAGGGUCUAGGUGAUUUUAAACAGGCCAUUGAAUACCACAACCAACAUCUUACCAUUGCGAAAGAACUGGGGCAGACGUUUGGAAAAGGAGCUGCUUAUGGUAAUAUUGGCAACGCUUACCAGAGUAUGGGUGAUUUUAGACAAGCCAUUGAGUACCAGCACCGACACCUAAGCAUUGCCAAGGAACUGGGGGACAGAGUUGCAGAGGGUACGGUAUAUUGCAAUCUCGGCAUUGCUUACCGGAAGCUGGGUGAUUUUAAACAAGCUAUUGAGUACCACAACCAACAUCUUAGCAUUGCCAAAGAACUAGGGGACAGGGCUGGAGAAGGACGUGCUUUUGGCAAUCUUGGUGUUGUAUACAAGAGACUGGGUGAUUUUCAAGAAUCCAUUAAAUACCAAAACCAACAUCUUAGCAUUGCGAAAGAACUGGGGCAGAGAGAUGCAGAAGGACGUACUUAUGAUAACCUUGGUAAUGCUUACCAACGUCUGGGUGAUUUUGCAAGAGCUAUUGAGUACCACAACCAAGGUCUUAACAUUGCUAAAGAACUGGGACAGAGAGAUGGAGAAGGACAUGCUUAUGCAAAUCUUGGCAACGCUUACCAGGGUCUGGGUGAUUUUCAACGAGCCAUUGAAUACCACGACAAGCAUCUUAGCAUUGCCAAAGAACUGGGGCAGAGAGAUGAAGAAGGAAGUGCAUGUUAUUCCCUAGGAUAUGACUUUGAACUCUCGGGUGCUUUGCUCGAAGCUCUUAAUUACUAUCGAUCCAGUGUAAAACUUUACGAUGAAGUGAGAGCUCUUCUUCAGUCUGAAGAUGUGUGGAAAAUAUCCUUUCGUAAUGCGUGUCAAGAUGCCUACGCGGCACUUUGGAGAACACUCGUAAGGCUUCAAAAGACUGAUGAGGCUUUGCUUGUUGCUGAGCGAGGACGAGCACAAGCCUUCACAGAUCUUAUAAAAUUACAGUAUUCAACUUCUGAGGCAUUUUAACCUAAAGUAUCAAUCUCA